AUGAGCAGUUUUGCAAGGCGCAACGAAGGUAAUGAUGCGUAUCUCAUGAAUCACCAAAUGGCAGUGCCUGGCUCCUACGGUCAGCCAGAGAAUCAUGACUUCAAGCAAGAAAGCCAUGACUUCAACACCCAUGCAUUCCUUCAACCCGUACGGGUCUCAGUUUGGGCAGCCUAUGGCCCACAGUCGAGUCUGUCUCCGGGGUUGCAACAUUUGCAAUAUACGUCGGAACAUUCGAUUCCAUCGAUGACAACCCCAGAUGACCCCCGGCUACACCAUCCGCCGCAGUUCAUGUCCCAAUCGCGCUACCUUCAAGGGCCAAGGUAUCUGCCCCGCGACCCGCUUGGUGAAACGGAGAUUGAAAACCAAGAGUCUCACAACGAGGCUACAUUGUUGUCAGAGGCUGUGGUGCCUGCACUUAGCGGCUUCCCUGAUGUGAAGGAGUUUGAUCAACUGAUGCAGAACUACGUUGAGGACCUGUCCAUCAAGAAGCAAGAUAAAGCGUUGAUCUACGCUAAAAGGGCCCGUAACAUCAGAACUGUAUUGAUUGACCCCAAAGACACGGCAGUGGAAUCGGCUCAAUUUCGAUUUUGGGUCAAAAAGAUGUUCAAGCUCCAAGCAGUGGGAUCGGAUGAACUGAUCUCUCGCUUCGUGAAGAUCUGCCCAACCUGUCAGGUGCGCCGUGGAGGAUCACGCUUGACGCCGCCCAAUUCGCGAAGAAGCUCCCCCAGGCUGGAGAUGGUCUCUCGAUCCCCCAAACUCCCGUCGCCGCCAAUUUCGCGACGAGAAUCGACGUUUGCUGGUCAAAUUCCCCUUGACAGGACGCAAGCAGACUAUUUUGGUCAUUUACACGGUCACAGUGGCUGGUUGGAUAGUCAUCAAAAUGUGCAAGGUCGCUCGAAUCUAGGUAACGGGGUUCGGUCGUUCCAGGGUCCCAUGGGCAAUCUUUCACACUCAAUUGCCGGCACUUUGGAUCCAUUCUCCGCCGAUUUAUCCAUCCCUCCGUCCCAAUUGAGCUACACAACGGGAUAUGUCUCGACGCAUGGGACCGCGCCUCAGCGAGAGUUCUGA